GAAAUAAAUGCGAAGUUCCGCCAGCAGUAUCUUCCAUGAGAUUUCUGGCUGUCUUUCGUAUCCCCAACCUUCUUCGUUCCCUGAGCCAAGAGCUCAGGAAAACGAAGCAAAACCUAAAACUAACCCUAAUUUCACACCUUCUCAUCUAUCUCCGUUUGUUCUUGUAACCCCAGACCUAUGGCCAUCCGUGCCACCCUUCUCUAUUCGGGCUACCUUUCCCAGAGUCUGGCCGCCUCCGCUGGUACCCGCUGCUGCAACUUUCUCCAUAUCAACGAGUCCGGUUGCCGUCCAUUGGCCUUCUUGGCCUUCUUGGCAAACCAACUAUCUGAUAAUGAGAUAUCCGGGAUUUGCGAGAAGUCUUCGGCGAAGGAUUGCUCAUGGUCUCAUGCUUCCAGGUUUCCAUCACGCAUAUUAUCCUCGAUUGGAGGUUCCCGGACUGCUAAUCAAUCAUCCGCUGCUCAGGAGCUCGUUAAGACUCCGGCCGGCACUAUGGACACUUCAAAGUUGCCGAUCUUCCCUAAGAAUAGCCGUGAGAAUCCUCCUGUUUCUGACGCCGAGGGAAUAUCGAAGCCUCUGGCCGCUUCUUUGGUUUCCAUCAAGUCUUCUUCAAUGUCUCCGGCUUCCAGGGCAAAGGGGAUGUCUAAGGCUCCAGCUGGUAUAGUUGCCUCUGAGUUAUCGUUCUUCCCUGAUAAGUCUCUUUCAAAGUUUCCAGCUUCUACUGCUGAUGAACCACUGAAGUCUUCUGAUGCAACUGCGGAUGCAUCCAGCUUCUCCAUCUUUCCCAGGGAUAGCCACAAUGAAAAGUUACCCAGCAGAAUCAACCCUUUUGUGAGAUUUCUUUCUGCAUUAGGAACUUGUUCAGAACCGAGUCUUAGUUUAGGGGCGUUUGGCGUGUCGGCUUCCAUGAGUGCAGGAUUCGAUACCUCGUCACUUUUUCCAUUCUUACGGGUAAGCAAGUUGCUCCCGUGCUGUGAUUUCUUUCCAGGUUCAGCAAGACAUGUCCCUCCGGACAAAGGGAUAACUGAUACUGUGGAUGUGACUCAAGAAUCUGAUGAGCUUGCUGGAUCUAUCGUGUGCAUGAAGAAUGAGGGUGUAAAACCUGAAACAAAGGUUUCAGCUGAGGGUACAUUGAAGAACUGUCCUCCUGUCUUGCUGGUAGGAACGACGAGUGUCUUUGAUAAUCUCGGAAGAAAUGACUUGCCUGAAUUCCAGGUUCAGCCUUGUGAGAAGAACUGGUGGUUCUCACGGUGGAUGAAUUCUUGCUCCAUUGAUGCGAAGAUCGCUUUUGCUACAGUUAUUGUUUCUUUGUUGUCAGGCUCUCGUUUGGCUGAGCCGAGAGGAAUUCCUAGUCGGUCCAUGUACCCAACAUUUGAAGUUGGAGACCGCAUCUUGGCGGAGAAGGUUUCUUAUAUUUUCAAAGAGCCAGAACUCACAGAUAUCAUUAUCUUUAGGGCUCCUCCAAUUUUGAUGGAGUAUGGCUAUAGUCCUCAUGAUGUAUUCAUUAAAAGAAUUGUGGCUAAGGCUGGAGAUAUUGUAGAGGUUCAUAAUGGGAAGUUGUUGGUGAAUGGCAUUGCUCAAGAAGAAGAUUUUAUACUAGAGCCACUUGAAUAUGAAAUGAUACCUGUUCUAGUUCCUGAAGGAUAUGUUUUUGUGCUCGGAGAUAACCGAAAUAACAGUUUUGACUCCCACAACUGGGGUCCCCUUCCAGUGAAGAGCAUAAUCGGAAGGUCCAUACUACGCUACUGGCCUCCAUCGAAGAUAUCAGACACCAUUUAUGAACCUUACUCUGUGCAAGAUCAGCUGAUGAUUGAAAAUCCUCUCAUUUUGUGAGGAGUUUGUCGUCCCAAGAUCGAUCAAUUUUGAAAGAUUAAAAUAAUCUCCCACUGUAUAAAAAUUUUAAUUUGGUCCAUUAAAUUUUUAAAUAUGUAUUAAAUUAAUACUUUUAUGAGUUUAUUUAAGUUCCUA